UAUUUUAUUAUAUUUUAAAUGUUUUUUUCUAUUAUGACACAGAUCAUGCUUAAAAGUAAUAUUACAACAAUAUCCUUGUUGGGAUUCCACAAUAUGGGCAAAUUUAACCUAUUGGUUUUCACGUUAAUCCUUAUGAUAUAUUGUGCAGCAAUAUGCGGAAACCUUCUAAUCAUCACAUUGGUGUCCUACAGCAAAUCCCUUCAUUCUCCCAUGUACUUUUUUCUCUCCCAACUGUCUCUAUCUGACAUCAUAUUGAUUACCGAUAUUGCUCCUAACAUGCUUAAUAUUGUACUACAUGGGAAGACAUCCAUAUCCUUCCCUGGAUGCAUCACACAGCUUUAUUUUUUUGUUUUGUCUGAGACAUUUGAAUGUUUUCUUCUGACAGUGAUGUCCUACGACCGCUAUCUAGCCAUUUGUUAUCCUCUGCAUUAUGUCUCCAUUAUGAGUCAAGUUCUUUGCAUUACGCUUGUUUUUGCAGCCUUGCUGUUAAGUAGUUCUUUAACAUCAUUUAUAAUUCAUGGUGUGUGUUCAUUAGAAUUCUGUGGGCCAAAUACUAUUGACCAAUUCUUCUGUGAUUUUUAUCCUUUGAUGAAACUUUCUUGUUCAGACACAUCCAUUGUCCGGAUGGAAUCCACAUUGCUUUGUACUGCUGUCGUAGUCUUGCCAUUCCUCUUGAUAGUCCUUUCAUAUAUAUACAUUGCUUUAACUAUAUCAAAUAUAUCAUCUAUUUCAGGGAGACUGAAAUCCUUUUCUACUUGCAGCUCCCAUCUGACAGUUGUGUCUAUAUUUUAUGGGACUCUAAUCUCCAUGUAUGUCCUUCCAAAUGAAGGACAGUCACAGAUGAUCAGUAAAAUACUGUCUUUAUUGUACACAGUGUUUACUCCUUUUAUAAACCCUUUUAUAUACAGUUUGAGGAAUAAAGACAUCAAAAAUGCUUUGGGGUAUAUAACUCAUACUAAAAAAAGUCUGUGA